AUGGCUCAAACUCCGAAUAAGCUCUAUCCCAUUGAAGAGGAGAUUACGCCUCUCGAUCAUCAAAUUCUCCGCGCUGGGGGAUCUAGUUCCAACCUCGAGCGACUCCCAUCGCGUCUGCAACAAUCGAAGCACCAACGGUCUACAAGCCUCCGGGAGGAGAUCGAAGAACUGGCGUACGAAAAUAGCUAUUUGAAGGCGGAGCUCGCUUGGAAUCAGGAAGCACGGCGUGCUCUCAUGGAGUUGCAUGAGAAGACCUUUGAGGCUGCUACUAUGAUCAGAGAAUCUCUGAUCCGGGUUAACGACCGCCUACGUCAAUGUGAGGAUCGGUAUUUGGAACUGUGGGGAGUUCCACCAGAUAAACGAAUGAGUGAGAUGGGGAUUUGA